AUGACUGCUGUUUUAAUAGAACGAGAAGUGAUUUUGGAUUUUUUAGAAAUGUACAAAUCGUUUACUUGUUUAUGGGAUAUUACUUGUAAGCAGUACAGCAACAGGUAUGCAAAAAACCAGGCGCUUGAGUUAUUAAAAGAAAAAUUAAAAAUAAUAGACAAUGACGCUAGUAUCUCAACUGUAAAAAAGAAAAUUGAGAAUAUGAGAGCUGCAUACAAAAGAGAAUUUAAAAAGGUACAAGAUAGUAAAAGAACUGGUGCUGGUCUAAAAGAUAUUUAUGUGCCAUCUUUAUGGUAUUUUGAAUACCUAACAUUUCUAAAUGAAAAAGAAAACACAAGUAUAAGUGGAAUUGACACUAUCGAUUUCAGUGGUGAUGAUGAG